UCAUAUCUAUUUUUUUGAAAUUCAAAAUGCAAGAAAGUAACAAAAAAAUUUUAUUAUACACAACACGAGUUCCACCUCUCAACUUUGAUCCUAACACGAAUUUAAUGUAUAGAGAAUAGAUGAUUGUAUAGGGGUUGCAGCUUUACCCCACUCUUACUUGCUGUUAUCAGUGCUCCUGCUGACCCGUAACACAAAUGGGGGAUGGUUAUUGAUGUUCGAUAUACGUGAGGGUGGCCAAGACCGCAGCGACAAGAGAAAAUGGGGUUAUUCGAUCGUUUAGCGAAUCUUUUAGGUCUUAGGAAAAAAGAAGUAAACGUUUUAGUAGUGGGCCUUAACAACAGUGGUAAGUCGACGGUCAUAAAUAAUUUCAAACGCGAGGAUGACCGUUGCAUAGACAUAGUGCCCACUGUCGGGUUUAAUGUCGAGAAAUUCGCAUUUAAGAAUGUUAGUUUUACCGCGUUCGAUAUGUCGGGUCACGAUCGUCACAGAUCACUGUGGGAGCACUAUUAUAAAGAUUGCCACGGAAUUAUCUUCAUAAUCGACAGCAGCGAUAAACUCCGACUAGUUGUUGUGAAAGAAGAGUUGGACAUGCUGCUGCAACAUCCGGACGUGGCAGGACGCAAGAUACCCAUCCUCUUCCUGGCGAACAAGAUGGACCUGCCAGAUUCUUUAACAACCGUAAAGCUGGUCGCUGGUCUGGGGCUUGAGCGGAUCCAAAACAAGCCUUGGCACAUCCGGGCGACGAACGCGUUGACCGGCGAAGGCCUACAACCGGCAAUUGAGUGGCUGACGGACCAAAUUCGCGAUAUAUUCAUCAACAAGAGAUAAUUUGUGUUAACAUCGCAGGGAGUCCAAUUUGUUUAACUUUCUUACAAAAUUCGUGAAAUCGACGUACGUCACUAUAUGAUGCAAUGCCUACGAUUUUAUUUACACAUACGUCAAUUGCACCGGUGAACCAAUAUUCUCGAGACACCAGUUUUCUAGUUACGAUAUCGCAUAUCAUAAAACAACGUACUAUAAGGAACGUUAAUAUAAUUGAUGUAGAACGAUUAGAAUUAAAGUUUUGAUAUAAGAUUCCAAAGUGUUUUGACAACAAGUCAAUCGGGAAGCAUCAUUGCAAUUCCGUCCAAAGACAUGUGUAAAGAAAUAAAAAUAUAUAUGUACAUAAAUAAGAAUAAGAUUCUAAAA